AUGUCCAGGGGGACGCUGGGCCCCUGCAUUCCCAGCCCCACCACCACCUUUGGGGACCUGCGCAACGCCAAGCCGGGCCAGGGCCGCCGGCGCCGCAUGCCUUCGGUCGCUCCGCCCCCAGAGCUGCAGGACUGGCUCCGCACCUUUCAGAGGUGGAGCGGCCCGGAGAAGCUGCUGGCGCUGGACGAGCUCAUCGACCGCUGCGAACCCUCCCAGAUCAAGUACAUGAUGCAGGUGAUUGAGCCGCAGUUCCAGAGAGACUUUAUCUCCCUGCUGCCCAAGGAGCUGGCGCUCUACGUCCUGUCCUUCCUGGAGCCCAGGGACCUGCUCCGCGCCGCCCAGACCUGCCGCUACUGGAGGGUCCUGGCUGAGGACAACCUGCUGUGGAGGGAGAAGUGCCGGGAGGAAGGCAUCGAGGAGCCCCUGAACCUGCGGAAGCGGCGCCUGCUGAGUCCCGGCUUCAUGUACAGCCCCUGGAAAUUCGCCUUCAUGCGGCAGCACAAAAUCGACAUGAACUGGCGCAGCGGAGAACUCAGAGCUCCCAAGGUCCUGAAGGGACACGACGACCACGUCAUCACCUGCCUGCAGUUCUGUGGCAACCGCAUUGUCAGUGGCUCCGACGACAACACGCUGAAGGUCUGGUCGGCCGUCACCGGCGAGUGUGUGCAGACCCUGGUGGGUCACACGGGGGGCGUCUGGUCCUCCCAGAUGAGGGACAACAUCGUCAUCAGCGGCUCCACGGACCGGACGCUGAAGGUGUGGAACGCGGACACGGGCGAGUGUGUGCACACGCUGUACGGACACACGUCCACCGUGCGCUGCAUGCACCUGCAUGGGAGCAGGGUGGUGAGCGGCUCGCGGGACGCCACGCUGCGCCUCUGGGACAUCGAGACGGGGCAGUGUCUGCACGUGCUGAUGGGGCACGUGGCCGCCGUGCGCUGCGUCCAGUACGACGGGCACAAAGUGGUGAGCGGGGCCUAUGACUACACGGUGAAGGUGUGGGACCCGGAGAGCGAGAGCUGCAUCCACACCCUGCAGGGCCACACCAACCGCGUCUACUCCCUGCAGUUUGACGGGACGCACAUUGUGAGUGGCUCCCUGGACACGUCGAUCCGGGUGUGGGACAUGGAGAGCGGUAACUGCCUGCACACACUGAUGGGGCACCAGUCGCUCACCAGUGGCAUGGAGCUGCGGGACAACAUCCUGGUCUCGGGCAAUGCAGAUUCUACCGUCAAGAUCUGGGACAUCAAGACAGGCCAGUGCUUGCAGACGCUGCAGGGGCCCAGCAAGCACCAGAGCGCCGUCACCUGCCUCCAGUUCAGCUCCAAGUUCGUGGUGACCAGCUCGGAUGACGGCACCGUCAAGCUCUGGGACCUCAAGACGGGCGAGUUUGUGCGCAACCUGGUGGCCCUGGAGAGCGGGGGCAGCGGGGGGGUGGUGUGGCGCAUUCGCGCCUCCAACACAAAGCUGGUGUGUGCUGUGGGCAGCCGCAACGGCACCGAGGAGACCAAGCUGCUGGUGCUGGACUUCGACGUUGACCUGAAAUGAGCCCCAGCCAAGCCGAGAUGGGAUGGAGGAUCCCGCAGGCCGGGCACAGCAGCUGGGCUCCGCAGGGCAGGCCCCGGAGCAGGCCUCAGCCCCUCUGCAGGGCUGUAAAUACUGUCUCCAGCCUGCCUCCGCCUUAUUUAUAUGUGCGAGAGCGCCCGGGCUGGGACUGGCAGGGAGGGUCCUGCACAGCCAGGGGCCUGGACAGAGGGAACGCAGCAUGUUUUGUACACACUAAUAUAUCAAUUUAUUUCUGUA